UUUACUAUCCGUUUGCUCUCGAACCAUCGCGGACGCGUUUCUCGUAGCUGCUCCUUCUGCUCGUGUGCUUGUUUGUUCGUCCCGCAGCUGCUGGCUGCUGCCGGCGAGUGUCUGAUCUCGCCACGCCAAAAGCGCAUCAUAAAAACGCAUCGCAGCAGGCAUCGCGACGGCAACGAGAGGGUUCCAGCAGUGGUGUACAAAGUACGACGAAACACAUUUGGAAGUGGAUCGAGUUCAACCGGAGGCGAGCUUGGAAGAAAAGAAAGUUCCUCAUAAACCACACAGCGUCGGAAUCGGUCAGUCGUCUGUGAGCGGCGUACAUCACGGAACUCUCGUAUGCGAUCACCGUCCGUUUUGGUGCAUGGCAGAUAGAUCGCAAUAAAACUGUGGCCGCAGCGGUCAGAGGGAGAGGUGCGUGGCUGCUGGGUCCUGUGGUUACUUUGUUUCCGCCGCUGUGCAAGUGUUAACUCCUUCGACAAGAGCUGCUCGUUCAACUGCGUGCGAUCGGUGACCGAGUCGCGGUGCGCGCGAAGAACCUUUGUCCCGUCCCGGGUCGCGGCGUUAUCGAUAAGCGGCCUACGAAGUGAUCGAUCCCAACCGGUCGGUUCCGGGUAUAAAUGCGCGUUCUGAAUGGAUUGCGAGCGUCAGUAGUUACCCGAACUGUCCCCCAUCACGGCGCACAGUGCACGACGAGUUGACUGACACACUUUCGUGACCGCAAAGAAGACGGUCGUCGGCUGUGACUCAUCGUCCGUUUCUGGUCGCAUCUCCGUUUGUGGCGCGUCGUCGUGACUGCUGGUGGAGGCUCAAGUGUUGAAGCGAUUGUCGUCGUGCUGCUUCCGUGUGAUCGAACCAGUUUCUCAGGCGUUGCAAUCGCGCGGCGCGAGAGGUGCCAGUUCCCACGCUUAUCGUGCCAGGCAAGAAACAAACAAGAUGACAUUAUUACGGUGGCCAAGGUGUAAAAGUGUGGUGCUCCUACUCAUCCUAUCGCUGGUGGCGAGACCGAGCGCAGGGCAAGGGUUGUUCGACAAUUUGCUCUCGCAGCUAAUGACGACGGCGACUUCGGCGCAAAACUUUCUCGGUGAUGCGUACGAUCAGCGACAAGGUCGUGGCACCGAACCACCCACAGUUGCGGCGGCGGGGCCUGCUGCGGUAACGGCGAAUGGUAUCGGUAGCGGAGCAUCGCAACAAUCGGAAUCGACCACCCAGCAAACGGUACAACCGUUCGCCGAAAACCCGACCACACAGGGCACGCGGGCUCCACCAACGCACCUGCCUUUCUGGAAUCCGUUCGUCUGGUUGCGCCCCAAGGAACCGGCCAUCCCGUACAAUCCCGAUACGGAUCUCAGCACGCCGGAAAUUGCAGUCCGUCACGGGUACGCCGCAGAGUCACAUACACUGAAAACGGCCGAUGGCUAUCUACUCACCGUGCACCGGUUACCGUGUGGACGGGCAGGAUGUACGGCACAGGGCGGCAAGGGUACGGGCCAGCCCGUCUUCCUGCAGCAUGGUCUACUGUCGAGCUCAGCCGAUUGGCUUCUCAGCGGACCGGACCGAGCCCUUGCCUUCAUACUGGCCGAUGCCGGAUAUGACGUGUGGUUGGGCAAUGCCCGUGGCAAUACCUACUCCCGGAAGCACGUAUCCCUCAGCAGUGACGAGACGGCGUUCUGGGACUUUAGCUGGCACGAGAUGGCCAUGUACGACAUACCGGCCGAGAUCGACUAUCUUUACAUGAUACGAGAACAGGAACGUAACGACACACGGCGUAAUCUGCUGUACAUCGGUCACUCGAUGGGCACGACGAUGGCCUUCGCGCUGCUGGCAAGUCGCCCAGAGUACAACGAGAAGCUGGAGGCCGUAUUUGCACUGGCACCGAUUGCCUUCAUGGGCCACGUGAAGAGCCCCAUACGGCUGCUGGCACCGUUCUCGCACGAUAUCGAGAUGAUACUGAAAUUCUUCGGUGGAAACGAGUUCAUGCCACAGAACAAAAUCAUUCGCUACCUGGCCAAGUACGGUUGCGAGCUGACCGAGGCGGAGAAGUACAUCUGCGAGAAUACCGUGUUCGUGCUGUGUGGCUUCGACAAGGAGCAGUACAAUGCCACGCUGAUGCCGGUCAUCUUCGGACACACACCGGCCGGUACAUCGACGAAAACCGUCGUACACUAUGCGCAGGAAAUCCACAACGAGGGCAGCUUCCAGCUGUUCGACUAUGGGGAGCAUGAAAAUCAACGCCGAUACGGUCGGGUGACGCCACCGGUUUAUGAUCUCGAUAACAUUUCUACGCCGAUAGCGCUGUUCUAUGCGAACAACGAUUGGCUGGCGGGGCCGCUCGAUGUGGCCAAUCUGUUCAACCGGCUGCACCGUACCUCGAUCGGUAUGUUUAAGAUACCGAACGACAACUUUAAUCACGUCGACUUCUUGUGGGGUAAUGAUGCACCGGAGGUCGUCUACAAGCAGCUGCUGAUGCUGAUGCAACGGUACCGGUAGACGGAACCGGAGGUGCACUGAUGUUGCGGCUGCGGCUGCAGUGCUUUUCCUGUAAAAUUAAUAUAAAAAAAACCAUCUCAUGACUGCAUUUUCUGUGUGAAAAUAAAACGAUAUUAUUAAGAUUGUC